AUGUCGAUUCUCGGUGACAAUAAUUUGACUGAAUUACAUAAGGACUUGUUUGAAGGCUUGCUAUCCCUCUGGUAUUUAGAUUUAUCCUGCAAUAAAAUACAGUAUAUUGAAAGAGGUACAUUUGAAGCAUUACCUUUUUUGCAGUUUAUAAAUCUAGGUUGCAAUUUACUCACAGAACUGAGCUUUGGAACGUUUCAGGCCUAGCAUGGAAUGCAGUUUUUACAUAAGGUAAUUCUCAAUCGUAAUCCUUUGACAACAGUUGAAGAUUCUUACCUUUUUAAAUUGCCGGCAUUAAAAUAUUUAGACAUGGGAAGAACACACGUCACAACAGUUGAAAGCAUCCUGAUGAUGACCCUUGAACUGGAGAAACUGAUCUUAUCCAGCCGCAUGGCCUGCUGCCUCUGCCAAUUUAAAAAUACAAUUGAAGUUGUCUGUAAGACAGUCAAGCUGCGUUGCGAUGGUGAAUGCCUGACAAAUGCCACACCUUGUGAUGAAGAAGCAUCUCUAGGGAAUGCAGAAGGAUCAUUCAUGAAGGUGUUACAAGCCCGGAAGAAGAACAACAGCACCGAGCGGACUAUUGAGCCAGAGAGGGCAUCCUCAGACCAAAGUGCUGUCAGCUUGUCAACCUUCAUGAAUGAGCAGCUGGACUCGAAUGCUGAAAGUGAUGUUAUCGGUGCACUAAAUUACAUACUGCCUUAUUUCUCAGAGGGAAAUCUACAAGAUGUGGAAUCAACAUUAUUACCAGUCAUUCAGCUUCUUUUUCCAAAUGUACAUGAUGCAGAUACGCUCCUGGGCCGUUUGAAAAACAAUAUAAGGAACCCUCCCAUCAACCUUAUACCCAACAAUUCACCUUAUAAAAAUAAAUUGAGGAAACUCUAUUUUCUGGAAAAUUUGUUAGAUGCAGAAAUUCAAGAACAAAUUGAUGAGGUUGAAAAGAAAGAAAAAACUGCCAUGCUUAUAUAUUCCAAACUUUUAGGUCCCAAAUUUAAGCGCCCAAUCUUUCAAAAGAAAUUGGAAACUGCCGAACCACAGAAAAACAGUCUAGCAAAGACUGAGAGUGUAGGGGAAAGCCUGCUGAGAGGGAACAGCGUCCUCAAGGGCCCAAGGGGCAUAAAGAAAAGGCACUUCAAAGCAGUGGGAGAUGAGAGCGUCAGGAGGAAACAGAAUGCCCAGCCAUUUGUGGAGAACACUGCCAGAGAAAGAAGUCUCACGAGGCCAUCCCCAAUAGAGCUGGAACAGCUUCACAUGGUGCAGAGGCCCCAGGAGUUAGUGGGAAACUCCUUCAACACAGAGCCUGCAUUCAUAAAGGAAGAUAAGGCAGCAGUCUCUUCUUUCCUGAAACAGUAUUCAAGGGGCAGGCUUUCUGGCUCCAUCCCUCCAAACUCCCCAUCUCAGGUUAAAAAGAAAUCAAAAGACUUACCCUACUCUAUUGUUGUUUUAGAAGAUGCAUAUGCUAGAAUUAUAUAUCUGAAGACUUCUCAACUAAUCUCACAUUCCGGGAAAAAAUACAUCUUCCAUAAAAUUCGGUCUGGUCUGGUCCACAGAAGACCCAAAGGCAAAUUGCACUGAAAGUUCAGAAAGAAAGGUUCUCCCAGUAGAAUGAUGCUUGUGAGGCGUCCUUUCUCUGCAGUGAGGAGCCUCAUAAAUUCCCCUCCAAGAGAGGCUUUUUCAUCUUCAGGAGAACUGACUUCUCAAGAAAAUCCUUUUCCAGAAUUAUUUUCUCUUUCAGACCCUUCUACAGAAAAGCCUACUCCAGAAAGCAAUACUGCACAAAAUGUCUUUGAAGAAAGUACUUCUACAGGAAACUCUAUUCUACCAGGAGGAACCGGCCCUGGAAUCACUGCCCAUAGAAGUGUCCCCAUGGCACAUUCUGCUGUUGCUGCAGACAACUUUAUCCCAACUGUUCAACAUACCAGUGAAACCCAGCGGGAGGACCACAGCGUGGGCAGUGAAUUAUCCUCUAAGCCCCCAGGCUCCACUUUCCCAGCGCUUGCAUCCCCAGGUGAUCAAUUUGAAGCUCAGCUAAACCAGCAGCUAUGGUCCCUCACCCCCAACAAUAAUGUGAGAAGGCUCAUUUCUCAUGUUAUCUGGACUUUGAAAAUGUCCGUGCAGCUGGCCUGUGCCAAACAUCUCCUGAUGAAGCUCCUCAGUGAGCAGCAAGAAGUAAAGGCAUCGAAGGCAGAAUGGGAUACGGACCAGUGGAAAACCGAGAAUUGUAUCAGUGAGAGCGCAGGAGCCCAGGGUGAACAGAAGGAGCAGGAGCCCAGUGAGCUCACAAAAGAAGUCCUAGGAUACGGCUAUAACAAGAAACUUAUCCUGGCAAUAUGUGUAACUGGAGCAGUGAUGACUUUCAUUAUCAUUUUCUGUCUCAUUCAGAUUCAUGCUCACAGGGUAGCAGCAGCAGCAGCAGCACAGGGAGAGGAAGAAACAGGGCAACUGCCCAAGGGCCACAAAAGGAGGGCUUUCACUGGAGAAGGCGGCCACUUUGGCUUAGGGAUACGUAUAGACCGCUCAACGCCACACGCAAGAAAAACAUGGCACAGAAACUACACGACCAGGAGUCUUCUGAUGAGGAUGAGAUUUUCCAUAAGGAUGCGGGGGAAGGCAGCAAAGCCCCAGCAGAGGAUGUUUAGGCUGCAGAUUCGGCUGCUGGGGAGACGGGUGAGGAAAGUGAGGCAGCACACGAGACCGCGACAGUGUGAGCCCCGUCCUGCCUCAGGCCACCUGCACAUUUCAUUUUCCAGGAUUGGCUUCUCAGCAUCACUUGUCAAAUGCUUCUUUUUCUCAUUUUUAUGA